GCUGUUGCGCUAUUUAUUUGGAUGUUUACAGCAAAGCGUCAAAAACAAAUGGCCUGAAGCUGAAACGUUGAAGACACGGGUCGUCAGGUACGCUGCUCUGCUUGUCAAGGUCACCUGCUUAAUAUGGUUUCAAUAGUAAACAGUGAAUUAUAUAACGCGACGUUGUUACUGUCGUUCCAAUUGAAGUGUUCCUCAAAUAUUGAUUCAAUACAUUACCUCAGGCUGACCAAUUCAUUUCAUCAAGUUCCUCGAAAUAUUCAUAGACUUCCUGUGAAAGAGCCAAUUCCAAGAAUUUGAUCAUUUCUGGUCACUUCCGUUCUAUUUAUAAUUGGUUAGUUGCACAAACAUCAAAGGUGAUUAGUUUACAAUUAUACAGGAAGUUUACAAUUAUACUAGGAAGUGUAUGAAUAUUUCGACGAACUUGAUGAAAUGAAUUGGUCAGCCCCAGGUAAUGUAUUGAAUCAAUAUUUAAGGAACACUUCAAUUGGAACGAUAGUAAUCGCAAAAUCUGAGAAUAAAGUAGGUCGUUUGCAGCUUACUUCAAUCGCUGGUUCCAAAACAAAGUCUGUCGAAGUAUUUAGUGUAAUGUUGACCUGAUUUCAGUUACUGCCUCUUCUGCAUUUUCAAUAUUUGUACAGAGGUUAGUUUUUUUCGACAUUUGUCUAUUUAACUCUAUAUAAGAAUACACUACUGCCACUAGGAAGAAACGAAAAUGCAGAAUAGGCAGUAACUUACACCAUGCAAACAUUACACUAUAUAUUUCUACAGACCCCGCCCCACAACCAACAAUUGAGGCAAAUUGCAAAUGAUCUACCGUAUUCCCUGAUUUUGCGAUUUACAGCACCGCGUAAUAUAAUUUACUGUUUACUGCAGAAGCCAUAUUUCAACGGGUUAUGCAUCGAUGAUAUGCAAAUUAGUAAGGAAAUAGAAUAAUUUUGUCCGUGAUUUCUGGCCAUGAUUUCUUUGUUUGUCAUGUCGAUGCCUAUGCAGUAAAUUUCAUCUUUUUGACUCACGGAUGUUGCCAAGCAACAGUUAAACAAUGGGAAAUGACCAGUCUGCUUUGCGCGCACUGUUUGCCUGCGAAUCGGGCCUUUCAGAACCGGGAAUCGGGCCUUUCAGAACCGGGAAUCGGGCUGGAGCACGCGUUCGUUCUUUUGAUUUGGCAAUAAAAGAAGCACGACAAAUGGCAAAAUUCGCACGGUGCCCAUUUGCAAAAACAACUGCAAACUGCUCUAAUUCUUUCUGUCACUUUCAUUUUUAUCUCAUCCGUGAGUCACCCUCAACGGCCUUUGAUUCAAGUAAUCAAGUUUUCUUUUUAAUAUGAUUGCAUAACCGUUUCUAGAAUUAGGCCAAUGCGGUUAAUCGAUAAUCAACAAAUGUUGUUCUGGCCGGAAAAAAAACACGAAAAACCGUGGAAAAUUCGGAAAAAAGUGUUUGAAAUUCCGGAGUAUUGAAAAAAAAAUGUGAGAAAAUAGCACACCUAUAACAGUGGCUUACGUAUUAAGGUGGUACUGUGCCAUUUGUUUCUAAAACUAAAGUUUUGAAUGCGUAGCGUGGAGUUUAAUCUAACUAGUAUAUUUUCUGGCACGAUUGUAUAUUUUUUGGCAUAUAUUUUUAUUUUCGGGUUUUAUUCAGACGGUUUUCAGUUUUUACCAGACGUUUCACAACAACUGGGAAUAAGCAGUCCUGAACCGCUUCACCGUACCUAGAAUAUUAGUUUUUAGAUUCAAUUCAACUUAAUUCUGUAUUUAUUGCGUUUUGUUUUCAGCGCAUUUCUGUUUCUGCGUUGUUUCUGUCCUGCUAUUAUGAACCCAAGAAUAUGUAAUAUGAUGUCAGGUAGGUCUAUAUUUGUUGUUCGUGUGUUUUUUUCAAAGACUUGACAAAUUAGCGUUUCUCACGCCGCCAUUUUUGGGUGGCAACCUUUUUAGAACAGGGAUAGUAAGCAGUGAAAAUGAAACUUUCUAUAACUAUAUAGUUGUAAGCAUAAUCUUUAUAAAUCGAUUUGCAGUUAAAUAUUUGAAAAAUUAUUUUCACAUCGCGUUUAGACCUUCGUGAGGAGGGCAGCAAAGGCUAACUGCACUCAUCUUUCAUGCUCGUGCAGUUUUGAUCAUCUUUGAAAACCUCACUCAUGCAUAUUUUUUUCCAAAUUGCAUACCCCCACUCUUGACCAUUCAGACGUUGAGGUAGUCAUUUGAAAUAUUUCCCAAAACGGAGAUUUCCAGGGGAGGGGGCAUGUCCCCAGACUCCCCUGGAACUCUAUAUCGUUAAAAACAGUCAAGUAUAGUCGAUAGAUUUGACAGAUUUUUGGCCCCGUUUCCAUGAGACCGGAACGAAGUCAAACCGGGACCAUUUCGUUUCAGUCAUAGUAUUAUUUGUAGUAGAUGUUUACAUGAGAUCGGGACGAAAAUAACUCUGACCGAUUUCAAGUCAUUCCGCCUGCUGGGCCGAGCCGACUGACCGGCAUGCAUGAAUUCAGACUGGAAUGAAUGUAAACACAAAUACAUUUCAGACCGGUCUCGGCUGUAACCUUGACAUUGGAACAACACAUGCUAACAAAAGCAUCUAAAAAAGAAAAUUGCCUGGCAAGAAGAAUUAGUUGAAAAUUGUGUGAUUUUCGUACCGGUCUCAUGUAAACAUGUUGACAAAUUCAAUUACCAGGCUAAUGACUCUGUAAAAUACCUCACCCCCAAAAUACCUCACCCUCAAAAUACCUCACACCCCACACCCCCAUUGAAGGAGGACUAGUGCCGGCCGUGUUCGAAAGCAUAUAACUAUUACCUUUACAAAUUGUAGAUCACAUAAAUACACGCUGUGAGGUUAUUAAUUUAUGGGAGUGUCUUUGUCAGCAUUAUUGAAUGGACUUUUGAUGUUCUUUUUUCAGAUACGCCUUCUCCAAUGGCGAGUAGAACUUUAACAAUGGUCGCAAAAUGUUUGCAGAACCUAGCUAACUUAAUAGAAUUUGGUGCCAAGGUACUUAAUAGAAUUUGGUGCUAAGGCGCUUUUCUGUAUUCCAUAUUUGACUACACUAGAUUGUAUUCCAAUACAGAAUCUUUCCUGAAUCUUUCUGCCUCCUCUAUUUUGCUCUAUUAAUUUUUUUCCAACAGGAGCCAUACAUGAUUCCACUAAAUCCCUUUAUACAGAAGAACAAACCAAGACUUGUCAAGUUUAUCGAUAAUCUUUCGGUAAGUUUGUCAACUUCAAUAUUUUAAAACACUUGCAAUUAAACACAACAAUUUCGUACCCUGAAACAAUUCCCAAUUCUUCAAUCUGCUCUCUACCGCCUUUUCCCAUGCAUAGUUUGUACGCUUGUGAAAAUGACAAAAUCAAAAUGUUGAUAAUUGUGGAUGACUCGAAAUAACAUUUUUUCUAGGUAAACAUGCUCUAGAGGUGUCCAUUUAGAUUUUUAAGAAAUAUUCAAGUUUAUUUUUCCAUUUUCUAGAGCAUCUCAUAUUGUCCCUCGGCAAGCGAACAAGUGUCGUCUGACCUUGCAAGAAAUUUAGCUUUUCUUCAUGAUAAAUGUGUUAUCCAUUCUCAAGCUUUAAAAGAACUAUCAAAAAAUGCGGUAAGUUUUAAUAUCUUUUCAUUAUUUUUAUCAACAAACAUUCUGCCUGUGGUUCCCCUUUUGCAUUUGUCAAAAUUUGUUUUUAUGAUUCGAAAGUAAUUGUUUUGGACAGUUUCAGAAAGUUUGGAGUAGCUUGAGCCAUUUUUUUAAUUUUUCAAAAUGUAUUGUGGUCCCCCCCCUGCUUUUGACCAAAAUUUUCAAGUUUUCAAAACCUGUGUUUAUCACUAAAUAAAUUACUGCUUUGAUGAAAAAAAGUGUUUUGGUAAUUUUCUGAACGUUUUGACGAGAUUUAGGCAAAAUUUGGAUUGUCCACCACUUGCAGGCAAUAUAUGCUUGUGGUUGCCCCUUUGCUUUUGACCAAAAUUUUCAAAUUUUUGAAAACGUGUUUUUAUCUCUGAAAAAGCAAUGUUUUAAUGAAAGAAAUGCUUUUGUCUCACUUUCUUAAUGUUUUAAAAUAGGUUAGUUUGAGACAAAAUUUAAUGUUUCGGUCAUUUUUUUACAAGCACGAAUAAAAAUUGUUCAAAUUAAAAAAACCCUGCUGGUGACAGCAAUUAGCACCAAGGCCGGAUUUUGGUGGAAAUAUUGGGGGAGGUGGAAAAAAUUUGGGGGAGGUGCAGAGGUCUAGCUCACCGUCCCCAUGGAAAGUUAGGGCUCAGAACGGUCCAAAGUCAACGACGUGACGUAUGCAUGUAGUGUACAUAUGUAUCAGUGUAUUAAUGAAUUAUGACUGUACAACUCAUGCAAUUUUGCCCUUCAUUACAAUUACAGCAAAGUUUCUUUCAAAACAUUGCAUGAAAAGGGUACUUGACACAGAGAUGAAUGGCUAUCACUGUUUCAAUUUUACAGAAAAAUUUCUUACAAAGUGUAGACUCUGAGCAACCAAAAAUGUCAAAUUUUCACUCUGAUCUAUCAUUGAAACUUUCCCAAGGGGGAGGUGCAAAAAUUCUCAGGGAAGGUGCAAAACGAUCUCAGGGGUGGUGCGCACCUCCCCACACCUCCCCUUAAAAUCCGGCCAUGAUUAGCACCUGUGACUUUACGCUUUGUUUUUAAUUUUAGCCUGCGUUACAGAGUUUACUCAUUGCGACAGAAAAUAUUUCCAACAAAGCAAAGGCAUAUGUAGUAAGUUCUCGGGUGUCCUAUGCUGAGUGACAGGAGGUAAACUCGUUUAAACUUUGUCUGUGAAAGAUUUAGAAUUGUAAAUAAGAUCAAAUUAGAUUACAAAUGAUAUACAUUUUAUUUAUCAGAGAUUAUGCAUAAAUAAAUUGUUUAAA